AUGGAGAGGAGUGGUGAGAAAGCCCAAGAGGUGAUGGAUGCUUAUGGAAAUCUUCACAAGGAACAUGCUUCCGAUGAAUAUGGUAGGGCCAUGGCCUUUGGCCCCCAGUACAUGAGAUCUUGUCCUCUGAAUUCGAUCAGGCUUAUGGUACCACCUGAGAGUCGGACAACAUGGUUCACCACAGAUCACGUGAGUAGUGGACAUCUCAAAUUCAACCCCCAUGAAGAAGACCGAGUUAUUCAAAUUUCUCAAGCCAAGGGCCCAUGUUUUCUGGCCCAUUCUUUGAUGAAAGUAAACAAUGAGAUUGAUGGAGAUAAGCAGUGUCUUCCUAGAGAUGAAUUUUAUCCGAUUAUGCACAGGAUGCUUCGUAACCAAAUUUCGUGGGGAAGCAAUUUCAAAUUUUUCGGUCGGGCUAACUUUCGAUCCUUUGUACUGGAGUGGACGGAGUCUAUUUUGAGUGACUUUGGUGAUGUCCUUCGUCAAGCUGAUAUAUAUGGGGCUGUGGCCAUUUCUCGGUACUCCUAUGAUUUUUGCCCUAAUGUUUGGAGAGCAUUCUGCGAGUUAUGGGGGCCUUUAUCCAACACAUUUCAUCACGGGAACGGUGAAAUGGGCAUUUCCUUAUACGACCUAAAAGUUAUUGGCGGGUUACCAAUUUUGGGUCUCCCCUAUGAUGAAUUUAUCCCUUUAAACAGAGAAUUAUGCCGUGAAGACUUGUAUCCUUCAACCAUUGGUGAACUUUUAAAAAUCCAUGCUCAACUAUGUGUUUUCCAUAAGAAAGGGCAAGUUUUCCACGAUCAAUGGAUUGAGCAUUUCUUUCGAGGGGAAGCCAUAUAUGGUGCUGCGGGGAGUAAAAAUAACAUAGUUCCCAAACAUAAGGCCAAAGACCUCAAAUUUCCCUUGAACAUUUCACGUGAAGGACAAUUGGCUGCUUUUUUAGCCUUUUGGCUUAGCCAUUUUGUUUUGCCCCUUGAUAAUGCUAUAAGGCCAGAAUGUUUCUAUAUGGCAAGUUUGAUGGCGAGAGGGUUUAGAGUUUCACUUGCUCCAGCAGUGUUGGGACUUAUUUAUCAUGCCCUCGGUACAGUUGCUACUCAUCGUAGGGGUCCUGGUUUAGCAAAUGCAUAUCUUCCCAUUCAUUAUGUGAUUGGAUGGUUAGGGGAGCACUUUCCUGAUCUGAUCGACCGUCGGAGUGACAAUGAUUUUCCAGCACAUUACCCUCUUCUAGCGAGAUAUAGUCAGAUUGAAGCCAAAUAUGUCAGCUCUAAUCAAGCUAGAAUCAUCUUCAGGAGUGAGCUUAUGGUUUAUCGCCCCAGUGUCUUCCUUGCACAAGAAGAUUGCAUUCUUUUAGACACAGAGAGCCUUGCGGACGAUGCCUUUGAAUUCUUGGUUUGUAUGCGCUCUGCACUGCUUCCUGUAAGGUUAGGUGGCGAUCUUUGGUUGGAGCCUUACUACCCAAAUAGAUUUGCUCGCCAGUUUGGCUUUGAUCAAGGAGUUCCGGAGAACAAACUUUUAUUUAGUGUAUGUGAGAGGCAGCGAUGCGGGAUUGAGAAGUUGGCGAGAGCCCAAGCAGUCCUUCUGCGCAAAGAUACCACAGCGCGUUUCUAUAUUCCGCGCUCCACCCGCAUUGGGGAAUGCUCUUGGUGGUAUUGUAGAUGGUGGAUGACUGCAUGUGCACCUUAUAUGGGCUUUUCUGUGUCAAAAAUUUUCUCAGUGGUAGACAAGCAUGUCCCGAGGAGGGACCACGUCUUUGUGAUUGAUAAUUUGAAAAGUAUUUCGACCGGCAUGAGCAAAAGCGGCUUUAAUUCAUCUUCACUUCCUCGUGGUGCUUCUUCGAACAGAGGACACAAGAAGAGAAUUCACAAUGCUAAAGGGGAACAUUUCUCAGGGGUUAAUCACGUGAUGCACCAAUCCCAAAGGAUUAAUCGAGACUCACACCACAAACGGGCGCGACAUGCAGAUCACAAAAAGGUUGAGGAUGGAAGCUCUAGCCAUGUUCUUGACGAAGAGAGUUCUAAUCCGGUGCAGGGGGAAACGAGAUUUGACGACAUCCUUUUUCCUCGCGAAAUGGAGCCUAUUAACGUGGAUAAACCAGUCUUUGAAGUCAUUUCUUCAAGUGAAGAGGAAAAUAUUCAUCAUGAGAGUGCUAACUCCAGCAUGGGUGGUAGUGGGUCAAACUUCCUGGCUGAAGUGUCUGAAUUUCAACAAGUUCAGAAUAGCCCAGCUGAUGAUCAGUUUCCUGAAAGUGUUGGGCCUAUAGCAGUUGUGCGACCCCUCCAAAAUUUGGUAUCAGUCGAGAACUUUGUUCGUCAGAUUUUUGGGAAUGGGGUAAACCAGAAUAGGCGGGAGUUUAUCAGUAAAGAAAUUGAAGGUAUCUUUAGCAGACUUUACUCCUCAGAGACACCUGCUCAACUUCAUAUGCACCAUUCUGAGAUCAUCAAGGCCCUUCGACUUUUGGGGUCAACCGUUGACAUUCUUGAGUGUGGUGAAACUGCAUUUAAGCAGUUUACCCAGCUUGUGGAUUGGAUUUUUGAGCUUGCCAGGCGACAUUCCAAGAGCAGUGCCUAUAUUGAAGCCUUAGGAGAUGUGAAUAUUGAUGUGAUUCAUGAUUUGAUCCGCCAACACGAGGAAUGUUUAAACACCAAGCUGGCUCUUGAGGCAGAACUUACAGAAGUUGCUAAAGAGAUUGAAGGCUUGGAUGUCAGGGAAGUUACCAUCAGGGAAGCAGAAGAGAGAGUUCGCCAGAUGCGGGAAGAGCAUGAAGCUAAGAAAACUUCCCUUAAUAUGCAAAAGAUGAACUUGGAGAUUUCUUUGGAGCAUCAGAAUGAACAAGCAAUACAGCUUCAACAAUCCAGAAUUGAUGCUAAAGAAGAUCUACUUCCCCAGAUCAGGAGCACUCGACUGUCAAUGAAGGCUCAAGAGAGAGAGAUCCACCGCCUAAUCAAUGCCUUGUUUUCUUCUUGUAGCGAGCUCUAAGUGAUGAGCCUACUAUCAUUAUUUUUUUUUUUUUUAUUUAGCAUGAUUUUUCCCUUCAAUAAAUGUUCUUGUGGUAUGGUUUCCACCAAGAAUUUGUAGGUAGGCCUUUACUUCAGUAUUCUUUUGCUCUUGUAAUGUAGU